AUGUUAGGGCAUUAUGGUAAAGCUACUCUUACCGUCUUCUCGAGCUUAUAUAGAGCAGCAGGUGCACACAUUCUCCAGUUUACCCAGGUACGCUUCUCAACUAUAAUAACUGUCAUGCAAGCUUCAUUUCCGGGGAAGAUGGAGCAGAAGAUGCUCCAAAUAAUCCAGAAGGUCAAAAGUUUGAGGGAGCUGAAGCAGAUUCAUCUCCAGAUUAUUGUACAUUCUCUGGGAGAAAACAGUUUUAUCCUUGCCAAGCUCAUGGAUCUCUCUUCAGCUUUCCACUCCCUAAACUAUGCCAUGCGGAUUUUCCAGAAUGCUCGAAGCCGGAAUGUCGUUGUGCAUAAUACCAUGAUCAAAUGCUUUGUCGAGAAAGGAUGCCAGAAUGAAGCCUUCUACGCUUGCAACAAGAUGAGGGCUUUGGGAAUUCCACCGAACAACUUCACCUUCUCUUUCCUCCUCAAAGCCUGCGAAUCCUUGGAGUCUUUGAAGUGGAGUAAAGGAGUUCAUUGCCUAAUUCUAAGAUUUGGAUUUGGGUGCUAUAUCUUUGUUCAGAAUGCCCUCUUAGGUACUUACGCAAGAUGUACCAAGGAUAUUGACUUGGCCCGUCAAUUAUUUGAUGAUAUGUCUGAAAGGGAUGUGGUUUCAUGGAAUUCGAUCAUUGGGGCGUACAUGGAACGUAGGGACAUGGCACGGGCUAUGGCUAUUUUUGAGUUGAUGCCUGAGAGGAAUGUUGUUUCUUGGAAUUCAGUUAUCACGGGUCUUUCUCGGAUUGGAGACAUGGCCUCAGCUCGAUCGGUGUUUGACCAGAUGCCAACGAGGAACACUAUUUCGUGGAAUACCUUGAUCUCAGGAUAUGUGAUGAGCGGUGAUGUUUCGGCUGCAAAAUCGAUUUUUGAUCAGAUGGAAGACAAAGAUGUGGUUUCUUGGACAACUAUGAUAUCGGCUUAUACCAAAAUUGGUGAUUUAGAAUGUGCAAGGAAGGUCUUCGAUGAAAUGCCGGUGAAAAAUGUGGUUUCAUGGAAUGCAAUGAUAGCAGGUUACAAUGAGAACUGUCGAUUUAACGAGGCACUGAGCAUGUUUCAAUUGAUGUUGCUAGAGUGGAGGUUUCCACCAGAUGAGGCUACCCUCACCAGUGUCAUCUCAGCCUGUGCUCAUUUGGGAAGUCUUGAGCAUGGAAAUUGGAUCCACUCCUACAUAAAGAAGAACAACAGUCACCUAACAAUUGCACUGGGAAAUGCUCUUAUUGAUAUGUUUGCAAAGUGUGGGGACAUAAAGUAUUCCGAGUCUGUGUUUAAACAGAUGCCAAGAAAAUGCAUCAUAACGUGGACAACGAUGAUCUCAGGCUUAGCUUACAAUGGGCAAUGUAGAGACGCUCUGGCCCUUUUCGAGAGAAUGAGCAUGGAAGGAAUGGAAGUUGAUGAUGUUAUCUUCAUUGCUGUUUUAUCUGCAUGCACUCAUGGAGGCUUUGUUGAAGAAGGUCAGAUCAUAUAUAAACAAAUGGUGGAAAAAUAUGGCAUUCGGCCAAGAAUGGAGCAUUAUGGAUGCAUGGUAGACCUCCUUGGCCGUGCAGGGAAGUUGGAAAAAGCACUCAAAUUUAUUCAGAACAUGCCCAUGGAGCCCAAUGCUGUUUUAUGGGCAACUUUGCUCAGUUCUUGCGUUUCUCAUGGAGCUCAAGAGUUGGUAGAGUUUGUCAGUCAAAAAAUUGUUGAUUUAGAGCCACUGAGUUCUUGCUAUCAGGUUCUGGUUUCAAACUCCGGUGCAGUAGAAGGAAAGUGGGACAGUGUUGUGAAUGUUCGUGCAAUGAUGCGAAAGGAGGGAAUAAAAAAAGUGCCUGGUUGUAGUUCAAUCCAAGUGGGUGGAGAGGUCCAUGAGUUCCUGGUCAAGGAUACAAGGCACAAGAGGAGGAAGGAGAUCUAUGAUGCCUUGGAUGGAUUAACAGAGCUAAUGAGACAAUUAGGCUACACGCCUUUCAGAGGCCAACUUGGCUUAUUGUAUGCUAAUGCAGACUUGUAGCUGUUGACA